AUACAACAACGGAACUUGUAGGUUGAAGGUUGUGUCAGGUUUUAGGUUUGCAGGUUUUAGGUUGUAGGUUUGUGGGUUGUAGGUAAGGUUAGGUCAAGUUUGAGUAUGUUUUUCUUAUAUUUGUGCCACAUAUAUGUAUCAUAUUUGGAUUCAAGUCUCAAGAUGUCCAAUAAUGUUAAAAUAGGUCUUCUUGUGGACCAUCUUCGCCUUUACACAGCCACCAUGUAUGCCUGCUCAAGAAUUGUCAUGCCUGCUGCCCGGGUAACGGUGCGGCCGGUGACCGCGGCGGCGUGGGCGCCGGUCAGCAGUCCGGCGGCAGCGGCGGCGCCGGCCGCCAGCCAGGCGGUGGUGCCAUACCGGUCCAUCCAGACCUCGGCAGUCUCGCGCGACAUCGACUCUGCCGCCAAGUUCAUCGGCGCCGGCGCGGCCACCGUCGGCUCGGCCGGCUCCGGAGCCGGAAUCGGCUCCGUGUUCGGCUCCCUCAUCAUCGGCUACGCGCGCAACCCGUCCCUGAAGCAGCAGCUUUUCUCAUAUGCCAUCCUCGGAUUCGCCCUGUCUGAGGCCAUGGGUCUGUUCUGUUUGAUGAUGGCGUUCCUGCUGUUGUUCGCGUUCUAGAGUGGUGUUCGUCACUUUCGGGGAUACGGACAGAAAUUCGGGUGCUCAUGAACUUCUGACUCUGUUAGAUAUCAAUAUACACCAAUGUGUACGA